AUGACUUCUCCUGCUGAUGCUACUGGUGCAUCAUCACUUCCAACGCAUCUCAUCAUAGUGUGUUGCCAUGCGAUAUAUCUCGGCUCGUCUGGCGGUCUCCCCGGGUCUGGGGCUGGGUCUGAAUCCGACGUGGUGACGAGAGCCAGAGCAAGCCGCGAUGAAAAGAACUGGUUAAUCGAACCGUUCCAACAGGGUGAGACGGACACGUACAUUGCGCAUGUCGAAGCUGGGGUACGGGCACUGGCUCAAGAUCCCAAUGCGUUGUUGGUGUUCAGCGGAGGUGCUACGAAGAGAGAUCGAACUGACAAGACCGAAGGUGAUGGAUAUUUUGACGUCGCUGUCGAGCAUGAUUUUUUCAAUGUCGACACAACCGCCACGACCACUGGGAUCGAUACUGCCACUGCGGACGCCACACAAUCUUCUCUCCGUCUUCGCGACCGCAUCUUUGUCGACCGCUACGCCACAGACUCGUACCAGAACAUUCUGUCGAGUUUGGUCCAAUGGCCUAUAUUCGUCGAGGGAUUCAAAUCCAAAACCUCCUCCUCGUCGUCGUCGACCGAGAAGAGCAAGAGCGCAUUGCCCGGAGGCGGUGGUGAGACAAGGCCGAACGAUAUCGGUGCCGUCUCCUGGCCGAGCAAACUCACCAUAGUUUCUCACGACUUCAAACGCUCUCGCUUUCUCGACCUCCAUCUCCCCGCCAUCCAGUGGCCGUCCUCCUCGGUCGAGUACGUCGGCAUCGACCCGCCGUUCGACGAGGUGCGGAUGCUCGAGAUCCAAGAGGGCGACCGGGUCCGGGGCUACGGCGCCUGGAGGGACGACUUGUACGCUUCCGGACACCUCUUGAGCUCGAAGAGGGUCAAGAGGGGAUGGGACCCGGAUGUGUUCAGGAGGGAUGUACUGGAUAGAUUUUCACAUGGCACAACUUCUCCUCCUCCUCCUCCUUCUUCUUCCGACAACAACGACGACGGCGACACGAGAAGCGCAUUGGAAAAGGUGGUGUUUUGGAAUCAGACGACGACGGGAAGGGUCUUGACAGGGGAAGAUGUGCCGUGGUCUUAG